GUGGUUUUAUUUCUAAUUUCAGUCAUGUUUUUGCUCACUCUUUAUUGGAGAAACAAGUCAGAAACAAAACCACCUUUGACGGCUUUAGAUGUCGGUAAUCAGUACAUGGGAGUUUCUUACAACGAGCUUCUUAAGGCUACCAAUGGAUUUAAUCGUUCUACCAAUUUGCUUGGUGUGGGAAGUUUUGGGACUGUAUAUAAGGGAAUUCUUAGUCUGGAUGAAUCAAAACCUGUUGCAGUUAAGGUUAUACAACUUCAGCAAAAAGGUGCAACCAAGAGUUUCAUGGCCGAAUGUGAUGCCCUUAGAGAGAUUCGACAUAGAAAUUUACUGAAGAUUGUAACUUGUUGCUCGAGUAUUGAUUUUCAAGGUAUUCCUUUCAAAGCUCUGGUUUUUGAGUUCAUGGCUAACGGGAAUCUAGAGAAUUGGUUGCAUCCAUAUGCAAGUAGCGUAGACCAACUGCAACAGAAGAAUUUGACCCUGGAAGGAAGAUUGAACAUUGCAGUUGACGUUGCUUCUGCACUAAAUUAUCUUCACCGUGAGUGUCAAUCCCCCAUUAUUCAUUGUGAUCUGAAGCCAAGCAAUGUCCUUCUCGAUGAUGAUUUAGUUGCCCAUGUGGGCGACUUUGGCUUGUCUAAGUUCCUUUCUAAUCCUUCCAGUUAUUCUUGGCAGCUGAAUGAACAAGACGCAAGUUCAAUUGCAAUAAAGGGAUCCAUAGGUUAUAUUUCUCCUGAAUAUGGAAUGGGUGGUGCAGCGUCUACAGAAGGUGACGUGUAUAGUUAUGGGAUCCUUUUGCUAGAAAUGUUUACGGGAAAACGACCAACUGAUGAGAUGUUCAAAGAUGGUUUAGACAUCCAUAACUUCUCCAAGAUGCAUAUGUUGCCAGAGCGCAUUGAAGAGAUUGUUGAUUCGCUUUUGCCGUCUGAAUUAGGAGAAGUUCAUAAUGAUGAUGAAACUAUAAGUUACGAUGUGUCGGCAAACGAAAGAAGAAAUAUAGCAAGAGAUAAAAUGCGACAAACCUUGAUUUCGAUAAUUCGAAUUGGAGUUGAAUGUUCUUCCAAGUUACCUUCAGAUAGGAUCAACAUGAGUAAGGUUAUUUUGGAUGUACAAGCAGUAAAGAAUCUGUUUCUUGGUGGUGAAAUGUAGUAAAAAGUUAGAACUUUUCUGAUAACACAUAAUUUGUAGUUGGGCUCCUUUUCGAUUGUCUUUGUCAAUUCCUCUUCAGUGAACUUUGUGAUAAAAGCUAAGGAGUCCAACGCAGUACACAGAAAUAUUUUCCAAGGUCACUUGUUUUUAUUGUUUUGCUGUUUUUUUUUCUUUUCUUACCAAGUUAUA